AUGGAGAGCAAAUUACUGCCGAGAUCGAGGAUUCCGUCGCUUUAUUCAGACUUUCGAAACCUAAAGGAUCUGAAUCCGGAAGGUUACGAAGCUAACAUCAGAAGCUGGAAACAAGUUCUGCUGAAGGAGCUGUUAGAUCAAGAAAUAAUACUACAAACUGGCCCUGAGCUGCUGGAAAAACUAGGCGAUUCACAAGUGGGAGUUCCAAAAAGUCUCGAUGUUGUGUUGGAUUCAAUGAUAGCGGAGGGCACGUUGGUGCCUGUUGAACAGUUCAAAGCCGGUCCAAAAAAUAAUGUUCUCUCAUCCGUUUUGAGCUGGACUUUCAAUAGCUUACCAUUCUUUGGCCGUCAUUCGACAACCCGGAAUUCACGAAUCAAAAAUCAGUCAUAUCUUCGAUCGGCACAGUACAUAGUAGUGCCAACCGUUGAGCGGAAAUACCCUCUGUUGCAGCAAGCAGUCUCGGAAAACAUCUGCCGAAAAGCUGUCAGAUACUCCGACCUGGUCUUUUCUAAACACUCUUUCUGUGAAAUAGCUGGUUUCAAAACCCAUUUGAAGGACUGGGCUGCAUUUGAGGUCAUGAUGGCCUACAUGGAAUAUUACCGAGAAACUAUUGUUACAGACUCCGGUACCGUCAAGGUUCGUGGACUCGAGGUUAAUGCCAUCAUCUCAAAAUUUGGAUCCUCAACCAUAAAUUUGGACGACAGCAAAAUUGCAUCUGUAAAAGAUGCUCAGCUGCGUUUAAAAAAGCAGAUUACCCAUUUAGAGAGCAGAAUAGAAGAUUCCAAGCGACUUCUCGUCGAAGGUUUUCAGCAGAAAAAACCCAGAGAACUGCAGAAAAUGCGCCUUAGAACUCAAAAGAUUCUAGAAAAGAAUCUCACUUUAGCAUGCCAAAACCUGCAAAAUGUCGAGCAGCUCUUGCUAGACAUUGAAGCAGCAAUCGAUAGAGUGCAUUUGAAAGAUUUAUUCGAAAAUUCAAGAGAUGUCUUGACAAACGCUUCCUCGCAAUUGGGAGACUUGGACGAAAUUGAGAAACUAGUAGACGAUAUCAAUACUGAGAGGUUGAAAGGUGAAAAUGUCGACAAGCUAUUUGAGGCUGAAUUGUAUUCCCAAUCUGAUGAUGAAAUAGAAAAUGAGCUUCAGAGGAUGGAUGCUGAGAUGAAAUUGAAAGACCUGGUUUUAAAAAGGCUCUCGGAACUGGAAAUUGCCCAGGAUGCUGAGCCGCAGAAAUCUUUAGACGACGAGCAGGUAUCGUCACCAGAUCAAUCACAAUCACUCCGAGAAAAACAACCUAUUUCACUGUGA